CAUUGAUAUCAAAAAGUGCUGCGUUAUACACCAAUAAAGGCGUUUCUUUGAAACCAUGCGAAGCAUCAAUGCAAUUAUGCAAGAGAUUAAGCCUGCUACAACUCACGCCUUCUCGAUCACUUCAAACAACUCAAGAACAAGUUGUUAACAAAGCAGAGGAAAUAGAAAAACUUCGAGAGGAAGCUUACUUGGUUCAAAAAUCGUCUUCUAUACGCGCCCGAUGUGUUUGGAGCAAAGAAGAAACUGAAAAAUUAGUAGAAUUGGUCGAGAAAAUGGGAAAGCGAUGGAGUGCCAUCUCCAAGCAUUUUAUCAAUCGUCCACCUUCAGGCGUUAUGAACCGUUAUGCCCUCAUUGAAAAGUCUUAUGAACGAGGUCCUUGGAAAAACGAUGAAAUUGCCGAGUUGAAGAAGCUUGGAAGAAGUCGUACGUUUGAUCAGAUUGACGAUUGGGAAGCGAUCCAAGCCAAGUUACCUCAUCAUCGACCUCUUUUUCUCAUUAAACAGAAAUACAAAUAUUCUUUGGAUCCAACCAUUAAACACGGUCGUUGGACAGAAGAGGAAAAUAAAAAGCUGGUAGAAUUAGUGAUGAUGUACGGUGAAGAUCGAAUGGAUAAAGUAGCUGAAGAAAUGGGCACAAGAAGUAGAAGACAAUGCUUAGAAAGAUGGCGUUGGCAAAUGCCUGACGUUAAAAAGGGACAUUUCUCACCCGAAGAAGACGCAUUGAUCUUGGAAGCUGUCAAAAUAUACGGAACAAACUUUGCCGUAAUUCAAAAAGUGACAAGUAUUCCUCGAAAACCACGUCAUAUUUCGCAACAUUAUCAAAAUAAGCUUGAUCCGUCUAUUGAUCGCUCACCAUGGACACCUGAAGAGGAAGCAAAACUCUAUCAAGUCUGCAUGGAGAAUGGAAGAAAUAUGGUCAAGACAAAGCAAAUGUUAGACUCAAAACGCUCUAUAAGAGAUAUGUGGAAUCAUUUUAAUUGCUACCAAAAAAGAGGAAAGAAAGAAUAAACAUUUUAUAACA